AUGACGCUCCUAUCUUCCUCUUCCUUGGCCUUCGGAAACAAGGCUCUAUUCGCAGGUCAAACCACUUUACGCAGUUACGCUACAGUGCGGGCUGCUUCGGUCUCACGCAAUCACAGAGUCGUUGUCGUCGGAGCUGGCGCUGCUGGUCUUGGUCUCAGUCACCAACUUCUGCGUUCGGGAAAAUUCGCGCCCAAGGAUAUUGCCGUAGUCGACCCGGCUCAAUGGCACCACUAUCAGCCUGGUUGGACUCUAGUCGGUGGUAAUCUCAAGAACAAGGAAGAUCUCAGAAGACCUCUGGCCAAUCUGAUCAACUCCAAGCUGCAAUUUUACAACGAUUCCGUGGCUGCUUUUGUGCCAGAUCAGAACACCGUCACGCUUAGUAACGGCGACAGCCUCUGCUAUGAACACCUAGUCGUCGCUCCCGGCAUCAGCAUCAACUACGACAGCAUCAAAGGUCUUCCCGAAGCACUAGCCGACAAGUCCGCCCCCGUCUCUACUAUCUACGGUUACGAGACAUGUGACAAGGUGUUCCCUACGAUUUCCAAUCUCAAGAAGGGCACUGCCAUCUUCACUCAACCCACUGGUGUCGUCAAGUGUGCUGGUGCGCCUCAGAAAGCCAUGUGGCUGGCCUUGGAUCACUGGAAGAGAGCGGGUCUCUACAACGCUUCCAGGAACUCGCCUAUCAAUAUUACCUUUGCUACUGGUCUUCCCGUCAUGUUUGGCGUUGCAAAGUAUAGUAAGGAACUCAACAGGCUUCGCGAAGAACGCAAUGUCGAAGGUCUUUUUCAACAUGAUCUCGAGUCUAUAGACGGCGACAAGGCCAUAUUUGUCCGCGUAGACACCCAGGAGCGCGUUACCAAGAGAUUCGACCUUUUGCAUGUCGUGCCUAAGAUGGGUGCUCACAAAUUUAUCAAGGAGAGCCAAUUGGCGGACGGGGCAGGCUUUGUGGACGUCGACGAUGCAACCUUGCGCCACAACAAGUAUCCGAACGUUUGGGCAGCCGGAGACAGUGCUGGCCUGCCUACGUCGAAGACUGCUGCUGCUAUCACCGCACAAGCACCAGUCUUGGUGCGUAAUCUGCUUCAGUCACUUGAGGGCAAGACUUUGGAUGCAUCAUAUAAUGGUUACACUUCUUGCCCACUACUGACUGAGUACAACAAGGUUAUGCUGGCAGAGUUUGGUUAUGGUGGCAAGCCAAUGGAAACGUUUGGAAGGGUGAUCGACCAGUCCGUUCCACGAAGAGCUUUCUUCCAUCUGAAAAAGGAUUUCUUCCCUUGGAUUUAUUUUAACGCAAUGGUUAAAGGUCUUUGGGGUGGUCCAAAUGGUUUCAUCCGAUAG